CCGCAACGCCGUCGUUAUCGCACACAUCCGUAUCUGACCGCCCACAGAGCCACAGUAGCCCAACGGUAGUAAUUCAUCGCUGCUAGCUGCUCUCUCCCGUCGUCAUCGUCCUCGCAUCGCCGAACAUCGCCCCCCUUCUCGGCCGAAAAACGACGCAGAGAGACCACGUUGACUCGAUCGAGAUCCCUCCUUCCUCCUCUUCCUCUCGUCCCCGUCAACUCCGGUGCAAUUCAAACUCUCCGACACUCAACUCUCACACUACGACGACGACACACGGAGUCUCUCGAUCCGGUAACCCCGUAGCCCCCGUAGCUCUCACCGGUUGAUUUAGUAUCGCAAUAACCUACAGACCCCCGGGACCUCGUCUACUCAUCAUCACCAACCUCUAAACUCGCCCAUCAUGUUGCUCUCAACUUCGACCCGUAUCAAUCAUCUCUCUCGGAUUCGAUUACCUUCUUCAAUCAUCGCUACCAUCUCGACAACAUCCUCAUAUCGAUCGUUAUCUACGAACAAUCCUACCACCACCAGCGCCAACACUAUGCUCACCCCACCUCCAACCCCAAAACAACCCCGCUCCAACCUUCCCGGAUCGAACAACACUAAACCAGGACGCACGUUGACGCUGGAUACGAUCCACAAGUCGAUCCUCAAUGUGGAGUAUGCGGUCAGGGGCGAGUUGGCGAUCAAGGCGGACAAGUAUACGCAGAUGCUCAAAAGCCAGCAGGGCGAGCAGGGCGAGCAAGGGGGGAAGGAUUCGGGUUUGGGAGGGAUGGAGAGUAGGAACGGGGAAAAGGGAGAGGGUAAGGAGAAAGAUGGGAAAGAUCACGGGGAUUUAGGGGAGCGAUUGCCGUUCGACAAGGUCGUCACGGCCAAUAUCGGGAAUCCGCAGCAGAGAGGGUUGGACCAGAAGCCGAUCACUUUUUGGAGGCAGGUCAUCUCCCUCCUCGAAUACCCCGACCUCCUGUCCCACCCCCUGACCCCGCAGAUCUACCCGGUGGAUACGAUCGAACGUGCCAAGAAGCUUUACGCGGAGAUCGGGAGCGUCGGGGCGUAUACGCAUAGUAAGGGAGUCAAGGAGAUUAGGGAGAGGGUGGCCAAGUUUAUCGAACGCCGGGAUGGAUUCCCUAGCGACCCGGAACACAUCUUCCUCACCGCCGGAGCGUCCGCAGGGGUCUCCCAGUGGCUCAACGUCGCUCUCAGCCCCGGGGACGGCGUGCUCGUGCCCAUCCCCCAGUACCCACUCUACACGGCCACCCUCGCCGCGCUCUCCUGCCAUCCGGUCCCGUAUCAACUGCAAGAAUCGUCAGGGUGGAGCUUGUCUCAACCGGUACUCCAGGCGGCGAUCGAUUCCGUCGACAGGGACAAGACCCCCAUCAAGGCCCUCGUUGUCAUCAACCCGGGUAACCCGACGGGAGGGUGUCUGGAGGAAAAGGACAUGAGGGAGAUUGUCAGGAUGUGUCAUGAUCAGGGGUUGGUCCUCAUGGCCGACGAGGUCUAUCAGACGAACAUCUACUACCCCGAGACCAAGCCGUUCGUGUCGUUUAAAAAGGUGCUCAGGACAAUGGAGCGGGAGCAAGACGGCGAGAACCCCAUUACCCCGGGCGUCAUCGAGUUGAUCUCUUUCCACUCGUUGUCCAAGGGGGUCUCGGGCGAGUGUGGUAGGCGCGGGGGCUACUUUGAGCUGGUCAACAUUGACGAACAGGUCGUCGACCAGAUCUACAAGAUGGCCUCGAUCUCGCUCUGUCCGCCGGUGACGGGGCAGGUCGGCGUGGAUCUGCUGGUCGACCCGCCCAAGCCCGGCGAGCCGUCGUACGCGCAGUUUGAAAAGGAGACCAACGUCACCCACCAGAGCCUCCUCGACCGAUCGGCUUACAUGUCGGAAAAGUUCAACGCGCUCCCGGGCAUGUCGUGUCAAAAGGCCGAGGGCGCGAUGUACCUGUUUCCCUCGAUCGAGAUGCCGGACAAGGCGCUCAAGGAGGCCGAGAAGAGGGGCAAGCCGGCGGACGUCAUGUAUGCGUUGGAUCUGUUGGACGCCACCGGAAUCUGCGCCGUCGCUGGGUCUGGGUUCGGGCAAAAGGAGGGCACGUAUCAUCUCCGUGUUACCGCGCUCUGCCCCGGUGUCGAAGAGUACGUCGGCAAGAUUGAGGAGUUUCACAAGGACUUUAUGAAGCGGUAUGCGUGAGCGGCGUGCGAAGGUUGGGUGCUGUUUUUGUAAUCGUAUGAUUGUAUAUAAUCGGAACAGGUCGUUUUGAAAUCGAGGGCGUGGG